ACCACGUCACUUGGCGAUUCGGUAUGAAAAAUAUCUAUUGCACUGAAAAGAGAGCAGACGACGACUGACAACUGACAACAGCCAGCAGCUGCCAAACUUUCAGAAACUGUUUAGGAAAGUAAAUGAAUCUUUGAAAAAAUUAAACAAAAAAGGACCGUAAGAGAAGUGGCCUCCCACCCAGGGAGCACAGCUUUUGUCUUAGAAUUCUACCGUUUGAAACAAAAUGUCAUCAAGCUGGAUUCAAGUUACACCAAAGUUUCAGAAGGGAGUUACAUUGAUCAACAGUAUAGAACCAGCCAAACUACGUUUGCUCCUAAAUAGAAUUGCCACAUUCAUGCAGCGAGAUUCUGUCAAGGGAAUAUCAUCUCCCUUCACUGAAGAUGAAGAAUCAAAACUGGAAAAGUCUCUGGGCUUACAAUUAAAAGAUGUUCGACUUGUUAUUGAUACCGCUAGUCUCAUCUUACAGCAGUCAGCAUAUCACAUCAUUAAGCCUGACAGCCUCAAAAGCAAACUUAUAGAAGACCUAAAGCUGGAACAAGAAAGGGCUGCUGCUGUUGCAUCUGUGUGGGAAUCAAAUGCAAGCUUGAUCGUUGAGAGCUUACGGAAACGAUCAGUUCUACCAUACCAGUUUGCAGAUAUGACUUGGCUUCUUAAUGUAGAAACCUCGUCUGACAAGAUAUCAAAACGGAAAGAGCCUGUUGCAUUGCUAGAGCUCCUUCUUCAAUCAGGGGACAGUGACAACAAUCGGAAAGUUAAAUUAGAGAUGCACAAACCUCAACUACAGAAACUGUACCAAAACCUUGAAAAAAUUCAAACCCAGCUUGAUGCGCUAAAGUGAUUUGUCAUGAGAAAUUUUCUUUCUUACAUUGUUUGUUUACUUUUCUAUAUGAACGAUUAAUAAACUAUUUUCUUAAAAAUGUCUU